AAACAUAUAUGAGAGUGGAAUUGAGACCAGCUCAAAAGACACGGCGUUGCGUGACACUAUUAUCCUCCUCCCUCCCUUUUUGUCUCUUCAAUUAUUCUUCUCCGAGCUGUAAAAAGAUUCUCUCCCAACUCUCUCUCGCCGGCUCUUCAAUGGAAGACUACAACCGUCAAAGAGCCUACGGAGACGGAGGGAUGCAGAUCCAGCCUUACAACGGCGGCGGUCCGGGAACCGGCGACUUCAGGAGCUAUAGCACCUCGUACGCGACGGAGAACAACAUCUACGAUAUCAAGAAGGAGAAAUCUAUAGCGAGGUCGAAGUCUUGGGGGAUAACGGACCCGGAGCUAUUGAGAAAGAAAAGGGUCGCGAGCUACAAGAUGUAUAGUGUUGAAGGCAAAGUCAAAGGCUCUUUUAGAAAAAGUUUCAGAUGGCUUAAGCAGAGGUACACACAGGUCGUCUAUGGCUGGUGGUGAUCAAAGAGUUUCCACCUUUUUAAUCUUAUUUGAGCUUUGAGUGUUCUUUCUAUUUUGAUUUUGAUUUCGUCAAGUAAUUAUAAUUGUGUUUGCUCGCUUAUAUAUCUUUUUUUUUUUUACAAACUCUCUUAUAUAUCGUUUUUUGGGUCGAAAUUCUCUUAUAUAUUUAUGUGUCGUUUUCUUCAAUGUAAUUGUGCUGCCCGCAAAUUAUAUAUGAUCAUUAGUUUGCAUA